CACUGCUCCACCAGGAUGCCUACGAAGUGGAUUUCCGUUCUGCUGCUGCUACAGCUGAGCUGUCACAUUCGCCCUGGGUGGUGUGGAAAGGUGCUGGUGUGGCCCACAGAAUAUAGCCAUUGGAUGAAUAUGAAGACAAUCCUGGAUGAACUUGUCCACAGAGGCCAUGAAGUGACUGUUCUGACAUCUUCAGCUUCAAUUCUUGUUGAUCCCAAUAAGGCAUCUGCCAUUAAGUUUGAAAUUUUUCCUGCAUCUUUAACAAAAGAUGAUUUUGAGGAUGUUAUCAUGCAGCUGAUCUCUAAAUGGACAUAUAUGCCAAAAGAUACAUUUUGGACUUAUUUUUCACUAACACAAGAUAUGAUUUUGGAAUAUUCUGAUUAUAUUCGAAAGCUCUGUAAAGAUGCAGUUUUAAACAAGAAACUUAUGACAAAACUACAGGAAUCAAGGUUUGAUGUCGUUCUUGCAGACGCUGUUGGACCCUGUGGUGAGCUGCUGGCUGAACUACUUAAAAGACCUUUGGUGUACAGUCUCCGGGCCUUUCCUGGUUAUAAAAUUGAAAAGUAUACUGGAGGACUUCCAUUCCCUCCAUCCUAUGUACCAGUUGUCUUGUCAGAAUUAAGUGAUCAAAUGACCUUCAUGGAGAGGGUAAAAAAUAUGAUAUACGUGCUUUAUUUUGACUUCUGGUUCCAAGCAUUUAGAGAGAAGUGGGAUCAGUUUUACAGUGAAGUACUAGGGAGACCCACCACAUUAUUUGAGUUAAUGAGUAAAGCUGAAAUAUGGUUCAUUCGAAGCUACUGGGAUUUUGAGUUUCCUCGCCCGCUCUUGCCACAUUUUGAAUUUGUUGGAGGCCUCCACUGCAAACCGGCCAAACCUUUGCCUAAGGAAAUGGAAGAGUUUGCCCAGAGCUCUGGAGAAAAUGGUAUUGUCGUGUUUACUCUGGGGUCAAUGGUCACUAACAUGACGGAAGAAAGUGCGAAUAUGAUUGCAUCAGCCCUUGCCCAGAUUCCUCAAAAGGUUAUAUGGAGAUACGAUGGCAAAAAGCCAGACACCUUAGGGCCAAAUACUCGGCUCUAUAAGUGGAUCCCCCAGAAUGACCUUCUUGGUCAUCCAAAAACCAAAGCCUUUAUAACUCAUGGUGGAACCAAUGGCAUCUAUGAGGCGAUCUACCAUGGGAUCCCUAUGGUGGGCAUCCCUAUGUUUGCUGAUCAACCUGAUAACAUUGCUCGCAUGCAGACCAAGGGAGCGGCUGUCAGAUUGGACGUGAACACUAUUUCAAGUACAGGUCUGCUCAAUGCAUUGAAGACAGUCAUCAAUGACCCUUCGUAAGUAUCACAUAUUUUUUAAUAGAUAGU